UUGCUAUUUCAUGACGGUAUUUCACGAAUAAAAGUAAAUUUUUACAGCGUGAGGAUGUAUAAAUAUAAGUGUUGAGCUCAGCCAACAGAAUCGAAGUACAGAUUAGUACAUGAUAAAUAUAUAAAAGAUUAAUUAAAUAAUGUGCACAUAAACUUGUGUUUGCAAUGCUAUAUUUCGAUGAAUGGUUUGUUGAACUUCAUUGUAUUGUUUGCUACCAUUAAUGUCAUUAAAUUCAUCUAGUGUAAGAAUGAAUUUUUGUUCGUGACACGUCUGAAGGAGUCCGUAAGACGGCAAUUUUUAGUUUUACCCCACAGACAGGAUGGGUUUUUCUACGAGUUUACAAGGACAGUCAUCACACGAGGCGUUACUUGCUCGUCAAGAUGCUGAAAUUAAACUUCUGGAAACAAUGAGACGGUGUUUAACGAUUAAAGUUAAAUCAGACCGUGAGUAUGCUUCGACCAUCGUUUCUUUAACUAUGCAAGGGAAAAAGAUUGAACGUAACGAAGAUCUCGUUGGUAGUCUAAUAGUACAGAGUUGGAGAGAUAUUAUGGAUUCCAUUGAUCAAACUGCAAAAUUAAUAAAACAACAAGCAGAUUCUAUUGAAGCUAUAGUAGUUGAACACAUUACAACAUUAUAUUCUGAAAGAAGACGAGCUAGAAAGUUAUAUCAAGAAGAACAAACAUGGCUGAACAAUCAGUUUCAACAAUUAACUGAAGAUGUUGCCAGAAAAAAAUUAGAAUAUCAGAAGAAUCUAGAAAUGUACAAAUUAAUGAGAUCUCGCUUUGAAGAACAUUACGUCAAAUCGGGUAGAGUUGGUAGAAAAUUGGAUGAAGUGAGAGAAAAAUAUCAAAAAGCCUGUAGAAAACUUCACCUUACCCACAAUGAAUAUGUAUUACUUUUGGGUGCUGUAACGGAAUGUGAACAUGACCUAAGAACAUGUUAUUUACCAAGUUUACUUCAUCAGCAGCAGGCGAUUCAUCAAGAGUUUAUAACAUCAUGGAAAACAAUACUUCAGGAUAUAGUGAAAUAUUCUGAUUUUACAACAGAUAAAUUUCAAGAGAUACAUAGGCGCAUGCAAAAAGCUGUCGAUUCUGUAAAACCUAUAGAAGAGUACAAGGAUUUUAUAGGGAAGCAUAGAACGCGACCAGCAUCGCCAAUAAGAUUUAUAUUUGAUGAGAACCUUGUGGAUGAUACAUCAGGAAAAUUAUUGCCAAAUAAAUUGACAGUAGAUAAUUUAACUAUAGAUUGGUUAAGAAAUCGGCUGACAGAACUAGAAACGUCUUUAAAAGCAACUCAACAGAAUCGACAAAAUCCACAGUAUCCAUCAGAGAAUAACAGUGAUUCUAAAAUAUCAGCCUUGGAUUAUUCUCGCGAACGAGAAGAGUUACGGUUACGUUGUCAAGAAAAAAAGCUUCAGCGGCAAGUGGACGUUAUUAGAGCUGCUUUAAAUGAAUUAGGUUGUGAAGAAUUACCACUUGGAUAUGAUCUUUCAAUGGAAAGUUCUUUUGCCGAUUCGUCUUCUAUUAGUAAGAAAAAUACAGUUGCAGAUAUUGGUCUGUUUACAUUGCGAAGAAAUCAACGAUUCAUGACAAUAUUUAAAUCUCCUUUCAAAUCUUUACCAGUAAUAAACGAUACAAAAGAUGGCAUGAUUAGAUCGAAUAGUGAAGGUCCUACUUCAAAAGCAGAUAAUACUCUACCAGUUGUUCCAUUUCGUGGAAAUUCGCAAAUGUCCAGUCAAAAGGGAAAUGGAAACGGUGAACUUAUGGAAGAAGAAUGGUUUCAUGGAGUUUUGCCAAGAGAAGAAGUUGUAAGAUUACUUGUAACUGAAGGGGAUUUUCUAGUACGCGAAACAACAAGAAAUGAUGAAUGCCAAAUAGUUUUAUCUGUUUGCUGGGAUGGGCAUAAACAUUUUAUUGUGCAAACUACUCCUGAAGGACAUUACAGAUUUGAAGGCCCUACAUUUCCAUCAAUUCAAGAAUUAAUCAGACAUCAGUGGAUAUCCGGAUUACCAGUGACCAGUCGAUCUGGAGCUAUUCUCAAAACACCAAUUUUACGUGAACGUUGGGAACUUAAUAAUGAUGAUGUAAUUCUUCUAGAAAAGAUAGGACGGGGAAAUUUUGGAGAUGUAUAUAAAGCCCAAUUAAAAACCUGUAAGACUGAAGUGGCUGUAAAAACUUGCAAAGUAACAUUACCAGAUGAACAGAAACGUAAAUUCUUACAAGAAGGACGAAUAUUGAAGCAAUAUGAUCAUCCAAAUAUAGUUAAACUUAUUGGAAUUUGUGUUCAAAAGCAACCUAUUAUGAUUGUUAUGGAACUAGUACCUGGUGGUUCCCUGUUAACAUAUCUAAGAAAAAAUGCUAAUACUAUUACGCAACAAGAACAACUUCGAAUGUGUAAAGAUGCAGCUGCAGGUAUGUGCUAUUUGGAAUCUAAAUAUUGUAUUCAUAGGGACUUAGCUGCUCGGAAUUGUCUCGUGGGGUAUGAGUCCAUAGUAAAAAUAUCAGAUUUUGGAAUGUCACGUGAGGAAGAAGAAUAUAUAGUUUCAGAUGGUAUGAAACAAAUUCCAAUUAAAUGGACUGCACCAGAGGCAUUAAAUUUCGGCAAAUAUACGUCCCUCUGUGAUGUAUGGAGUUAUGGAAUCUUAAUGUGGGAAAUAUUCUCUAAAGGUGGAAAUCCGUAUAGUGGAAUGUCAAAUUCUCAAGCACGCGAAAAGAUAGACGCAGGUUAUCGAAUGCCAGCACCAGAAAAUACACCUGAUGAAAUAUACCGCCUAAUGUUACGAUGCUGGGAAUAUGAACCGGAUAAACGACCUCACUUCGAUCAAAUAUACACUGUUGUUGAGACACUCUCUCAAGCAUAUUUAUAGAUAAGUUUAAAUUCGUACUAACCUGUAUCGCAAAUAACAUUCUUUUUGCAUUGUUUGUUAUCAAUUUUCUCGUAUAUAUCUUAUAAUAUAUACGUAAAUAAGUAUAAGCUCAGAU